AUGAUUCGUGCAUUUUAUAUUCCUUCUGAAAAGAGAGAUUCAUCGAAACUCGGAGGAGAAGAUAUCGAUUGCAGAUUCAUAAAAACCGCUCCGGAUUCCGAGUUCAGCCACAUUCUGCAAUACAUUGAAGACGAAGAUGGUGAUGUUCUGAAACUACUCCGGAACCAUUUGAACUCUUUGUUCCGUAAUAAACCAGUGAUCCACUGGAAUCUUUCUGGACUUAUCAAACUAUAG